AUGGUCAAAUCGCGACAAGGGCUUAUCUGUGGGCUGCUCUUUUGGGGAAGCGCAAGAGGAGCCCCGCCUAGCGCUGCUGGAGAUGCAGGAGACGGCCGGGGAAGUACCAGCAGUACCAGCAGCACUACAGCAGCUGGGAGGAGCCUCACAGGCCGGUUCCUACACAUUACCGACCUCCAUCCCGAUCCCUUCUACAAGACGUACUCGAGCACCACAGCAGACGCAGCCUGCCAUCGCCACCAUGGACCCGCUGGCAUCUACGGCGCAGAGACGUCUGGCUGCGAUUCCCCCCAUUCGCUCAUCAAUCAGACGUUCAAAUGGAUAAACGACAAUAUCAAGGACGACAUAGACUUUGUCAUAUGGACAGGCGACUCGGCGCGCCACGACAACGAUGAGAAGAUACCCCGUACGCAGAAGCAAGUCAUACAGCAGAACGAGUUCAUGGUCUCCAAGUUUGCCGAGGUCUUUGCGCGACCUGAUGGCCACGAUGCGCCUACAAACGACUUUGUUAUUCCGGUAGUGCCAACCUUUGGCAACAACGAUAUUAUGCCGCACAACAUCUUUCUCGACGGGCCGAAUAGGUGGACGACCAAGUACUUGGAUAUAUGGCGGAAUUUCAUACCAGAGGCCCAGAGACAUCAGUUUCAGCAGGGAGGAUGGUUCUCGGUCGAGGUGAUACCGGGGAAGCUGGCUGUCAUUAGCUUGAACACCAUAUACUUCUUCACCUCAAACUCCGGCGUCGACGGCUGCGCAAGCAAGCACGAACCUGGCUACGAACACAUGGAAUGGCUGCGCAUCCAGCUCCAGAUUCUACGAGACCGAGGCAUGAAGGCUAUAUUGAUGGGCCACGUACCACCUGCGCGGGUCGAUAGCAAAGAAAGCUGGGACGAGACAUGCUGGCAGAAGUACACGUUGUGGGUUCAGCGCUACCGAGACAUCAUUGUUGGCAGUCUCUACGGGCACAUGAACAUUGACCACUUCAUGCUGCAAGAUUUUGAGAGCAUCAACAAAGAUACGAAGAAGGGAAGGAUGGCUAGCAGUGCAGCGUUGCAGAGUGAGAGCAGUGAUUCGAUAGCAUUGCUUGAGGACGGCGAGGUCACGGUGGCAUCCGCCUCUGACUACCUGCUCGAUCUUAGGCAAGCUUGGGCACAGCUUCCAGCACCACCUGCAAAGUCGAACACACGUUCGAAGACGUUUUUUGAAAAGUACGGAAACUUCUCCAUAUCGGAAUGGUUUUGGUCCAAAACCAAGAUACCGGCAAAAGAUGGCAAGGCUGGGAAGGGUGAGAAAAGGAAAUAUCUCGACAAGAUCGGAGGCAGAUACGCCGAGAAUUAUGCUGUAACCCACGUUGCGCCCAGUGUCGUACCGAACUACUUUCCCACGCUUCGGAUCUUUGAGUACAACAUCACGGGUCUAGAACAUGUCCUGGUGCCCUCCGCAUCCGUGCACGAAGAAUUGACCUCUCCAGGAGGGCCAUCCGAACAGCCCUCUGUCGUCGACAAUGAGUUUCUAGAUGACUUAGAGUAUUUGAGAGACGUCGACACCAAGGUGAGGAGAAAACAUAGAGGGAAGAAACACAAGAAGGGACCAAGAAAGUACAAGUUCAAGGUCCCAAAAGGCCCCUCAAAGUCUGCACCGCCAGGUCCGGCAUACUCACCACAGGUGUUUACAUGGACAUGCUACGUCCAGUACUUCGCCAACCUCACCAACAUUAACAACGACUUCGUCCAUCCGCAACAAGGCCUAAAACACCCGACCAAACCCCACGACCAAACAAUUCUCAACCCAACAUCCACUAAUGACCUCACCCCACACACCAUCUUUGGUAUCGCCAUUAGCUUAGACGGCGAAAUAGAAAACAAGAGCUGGAAAGAAGGCAAACAUGGAAAGCAUCAGGGCAAGAAACCGCGACCAGAACCACACCCGAAAGAGUUUGAAUAUGAGGUUGAAUAUGAUACGAAGAAAGACAAGGGGUUCAAAGAUCUCACUGUGAGACGAUGGGUUGAGUAUGCGAGGAAAAUCGGUCGGGGCGAUGCGAAGGCGGCUGAUGUUGAGGAGUAUGACGAGCAUGAAGAUGAGGAGUAUGAAGAGUAUGAAGAAGAACAGCUCGCCAAUGAGAAUGUCGACGAGCAAGACUACAGUGCAGAGCUGACAACAGGCGGCAAGAAGAAGCAUAAGAAACACAAGAAGAGAAAGCAUGCCUCGAAGGAAUGGUUCACGUUCGUUAAGCGUGCAUUUGUGGGGACUAUGGAUCCGCAUGAGAUCAAGGAGGUGUUCGGCGCGAGCGCGGAACCUCAAGAGUUGAGCGCAGAGGAGGUUAUAGAGCUAUGA